CAAUUUUUUAAUAUAAUUUGGGCUAUAACUUAAAUAACUGUCCUAAAAUGGGCUAUUAUAUGCAUUAUAGCCCCUUUCAAAACCCUGGUUGUGUCGCUGAAAGAAAAAAAAAAAAAAAAUUGUUCUUCAUCAGCUUUGCUUUCUGUACUUAUGAUCAGUUGUUUAAGUAAAGAACACCAUCUAAGCAGUAGUUAAAGAAGUACAAGCAAAUCAUUAGCGAGUUCUUAUAAAUGGGUGGUAACAAGCAAAGGCGAUCUAAAAGCCAUCACCACUCUCAUCGAGGACAAUCCAGCCGUACCCGUCAACCUGAUGAUUCUUUCAAGGUUGAAGAGUCUUUACCCGGAGAAGUCGUGGAAGAAGAGGAACCUACCGGCCCAAGAAUUCAGCUUGCUAUGUGGGAUUUUGGUCAGUGCGAUGCUAAAAGGUGCACUGGACGGAAACUUGCAAGAUUUGGAUUGCUGAAAGAGCUGCGCGUUGGUAGUGGAUUCGGUGGCAUAUGUUUAAGUCCCACUGGAACGCAGUGUAUCUCAAGAGAAGAUAGUAGUCUAAUUGAUCGAAGGGGAAUGGCUGUAGUCGAUUGCUCAUGGGCGCGCUUGGAUGAUGUACCUUUCACCAAACUACGUUGUCCUGCACCUCGUCUUUUACCAUGGUUAGUAGCAGCAAAUCCAGUAAACUAUGGUCGUCCGUGUGAGCUCUCAUGUGUCGAGGCCUUAGCAGCAGGUUUAAUUAUAUGCGGCGAGGAGGAAACUGGAAAUCUAUUACUCAGCAAGUUCAAAUGGGGUCACGCGUUCUUGUCCCUCAAUAAGGAACUUCUGAAGGCAUACUCAGAAUGUCAAACGAGCGCUGAUAUCAUUUCAGCUCAGAACGAGUGGCUUUCAGCGCAAACAUCACAUAUUCCACAAACUCUAAAAGCAGAAGACUCGGGAUCUCAUAGCGAAGGUGAAAAUUCUUCUAAUGAUUCCGACGUUGGACUUCCUCCUCUAGAAAAGAAUAUGAAUCGUGUUUCCUUGGUCGAUAGCGAUGAGGAGAGUGAAUAGCAUGCCAGUAGUUGCAGUAGGAAAAAAUAUGUUUGCUGAAUAUAACAUAGCAGAAUCCUAUGUUUACUGCUAAGUUGCUUGGACUCUCCAAAAAUGUUGCCGCACCUGUUUCGGAUCCUCCAAAAUGCACUACACGGCAUGCACCCGAUGAUAUUUUUGAAGAGUCCGAGCAACAUAGGUUUACUGUAUCUUCUUCUUUUUCAUUUAAUUAUAGUUGAUUUUGGCAACUAAUGCAUAAUGUUAGAAUGUGGAGAGUGUUCUCCCAAGAUCAUCCUUAUAAUGAUUAAAGAGCAGAGGUAUUGGCCUAUGUUGCUCGGACUCUUCAAACAUGUUGACAGGUGCGUGUCGGAUACUCCAAAAAUAUUGUAUUUUUGAAGGAUCUGACGUGGGUGCGGCAACUUUUUUGGAGAGUCCGAGCAACUUAGGUAUUGGCAUA